GGAUUGGUCACCAGUUGGUCGCAACAAGUUAGGCUGAAUCGCUAUUAUAUAGACCGGCGACCGAGCACGCGUGUGUGCGGACGCAGCUGCGUGAGGGGCUAUUUGUGUGUGCUGUGCUCUGGAGCGAAGCUUGUCCCCUUCCCACUCAGCCGCGCAGGUUGAAUCGACCAAAGCAAUGGUUAUGGAGAAGCCUAGUCCCCUGCUGGUCGGGCGGGAAUUUGUGAGACAGUAUUACACACUGCUGAACCAGGCCCCAGACAUGCUACACAGAUUUUAUGGAAAGAACUCUUCGUAUGUCCAUGGGGGACUGGAUUCAAAUGGAAAGCCAGCAGAUGCAGUAUAUGGACAGAAAGAAAUUCAUAGGAAAGUGAUGUCACAGAACUUCACCAAUUGCCACACUAAGAUUCGCCAUGUUGAUGCUCAUGCCACUCUGAAUGAUGGUGUGGUCGUCCAGGUGAUGGGGCUGCUCUCUAACAACAACCAGGCUUUGAGGAGAUUCAUGCAGACAUUUGUCCUUGCUCCUGAGGGCUCUGUUGCGAAUAAGUUCUAUGUUCACAAUGAUAUCUUCAGAUACCAAGAUGAAGUCUUUGGUGGCUUUGUUACUGAGCCUCAGGAGGAAUCUGAGGAAGAAGUAGAGGAACCUGAAGAAAGACAGCAGACACCCGAGGUUGUACCUGAUGAUUCUGGAACCUUCUAUGAUCAGACUGUCAGCAAUGACUUGGAAGAACAUUUAGAGGAACCUGUAGCUGAACCAGAGCCUGAUCCUGAACCAGAGCCAGAGCAAGAGCCCGUAGCUGAAAUCCAAGAGGAAAAGUCUGAGCCAGUAUUGGAAGAAGCUGCCCCUGAGGAUGCUCAGAAGAGUUCUUCUCCAGCACCUGCAGACAUAGCUCAGACAGUACAGGAAGAAUUGAGGACAUUUUCUUGGGCAUCUGUGACCAGUAAGAACCUUCCACCCAGUGGAGCUGUUCCAGUUACUGGGAUACCACCACAUGUUGUUAAAGUACCAGCUUCACAGCCUCGUCCAGAACCUAAGCCUGAAUCUCAGAUUCCACCACAGAGGACUCAGAGGGAUCAAAGAGUACGAGAACAACGAAUAAACAUUCCUCCCCAGAGGGGACCUAGACCAAUUCGUGAGGCUGGUGAGCAAGGUGAUGAACCCCGCAGAAUUGUGAGACACCCUGACAGUCAUCAGCUGUUCAUUGGCAACCUGCCUCAUGAGGUGGACAAAUCAGAGCUUAAAGAUUUUUUUCAAAGUUAUGGGAAUGUAGUGGAGUUGCGCAUUAACAGCGGUGGGAAAUUGCCCAAUUUUGGUUUUGUUGUGUUUGAUGAUUCUGAGCCUGUUCAGAAGGUCCUUAGCAACAGGCCUAUCAUGUUCAGAGGUGAGGUUCGCCUGAAUGUGGAAGAGAAGAAGACCAGAGCUGCCCGGGAAGGGGACCGUCGAGAAAACCGCCUGCGGGGACCUGGAGGCCCACGAGGUGGGCUGGGUGGUGGAAUGAGAGGCCCUCCCCGUGGAGGCAUGGUGCAGAAACCAGGAUUUGGAGUGGGAAGGGGAAUUGCUCCAAAGCAGUGAAUUGCUCUUCACUGAUCUACACGCAGCAAUACAAACGUUAGCUCCAGCGGUUUAUAUAAACUGCUAUUAUAAACUGCUUCAGUUUGUACAAUUUUUGUGUUAAUGGUGUGUGCUCCCUCCCUAUCCCUUCCCUCCUGACCUUUUAGUCCUUCACUUCCAAUUUUGUGGAAUGAUAUUUUAGGAAAAAUGAAUUUUUAAAGAAGAAAAAAAAAGACUGAAUUUCCUUGCUUUACUUUUGCAUAUACAGACUGGAUUUUUUUUAACAGCCGUUUUCCCAAAGGAAUGUGUCUUGCUUAUUACUGACGUUUGGUAUGUUUUCAUUCAUUGGAGUAUUCUUAUUUUCUAUGAGUUUCAAAAGCCUGUGAGAAGUACAGGAUUUGAUAUCUUGGAGACAGGAAAAACCCAAAUUGUCUCUUCUUUGAGAGUUAUGACAAACUUGUGGUAUGGAGAGAUUGCCAUUGGAAAAAAUGAUAAAUUUUGAUUCUCACUGAUGUGGUUAAAAACUGAAUAAAUGGUGUUAGUGGAAUUUUUCUUUUGUUCUGUGAUCACAAAGCAACUCUUAAAACCUAUUGUUUUUACCAUUGAAAUUUAAAUUGUGAGAUAGGUUUUAAAUGUGUACAAUGCAAUGAACUUAGGUGUUUUUUUGAAGUAGAGUUUCUUUCAUGUUUAAUUUGUAUUUGCUGGAAAAAACAAAACCCCCAAAAACCAAAACCCCAAACCUGAAUAACACAAAACCAGAGCAAAACGGUUGUGCCUUCUAUUUAUCUUUGAUUCCAGUCUUGGCAAUUGUUUAAAGAAAAAAUAAUUUAAAAAACUAGGUUUGUUUUACCAGGCUCAGAGUAUGUUGGGAUGAAAUCCCUCUUCCACCUUGUAUACUGAAAUUGAAUCUCAACUGGAAUGCCUUUGAAGACAGAUGCUUCUUCUGUAAGAGGUCCUUUGACCUAAAUAGCUCAGCAUUUGUAGUUUUUCAGUAUCUGUUCAGAAGCCUAAUCAUACCAUGAGAAGGAAUGUGACUUUAACAUUGGACUUCACUGAUGUGCUUGAGUGUCUGCUAGUUUUGUUUUCUUUAAAUCAUAGCCAUGGUAAAUUGUCUAUUUUGUUAAAGUUGUCUUCUGUUGAUGGGCAUGCAGUGGGUGUUUCUUGGAAAUGGCCAAUUUUUAUUAAAAUUUCUGGAAGAAAAUUAAUCUGGCAAUACAGAUUAAUAUUUGUUUUAAAUAGUAUGUUAUAUUUUGAGUGCUGUGUGGGGUGGGUGAAGGUUUUGUGUCCACAUUUGUGAAGCAAUCCUUGAUAUGAUAACUUGUCAUUACUAAUUGAAGGGUGAUGAGGUCAAAUUUAACUUAUUUUCUUGACAGUGUUCAUCUUUAGGACUUUGAGUAUAGUCUAUGAGUAAGAAGAGGAAAUGUUUUGGUGUUACUGGAAAACUAGGUUUGCUGAAGUCUUAAACUAAAAUGAAGUCUAAUGUUACUAGUUGGUCCUCAGUACCUCAGAUAUUUGAGAAUUUGCAACAUCUCUUUCACAAAAAGAAACUUAAAUAAUUUGAGUCACAUAGCUAUUUUUGGGUCAGUUUAAGUAACUUUGGUAACCAUUUGACCCAGACCAGUGGUAAUGGGAAGAAAUUCAGCUUGUGCUUUUGUAGCUUAUAUUAAGCUUGUGAUGGAAAGAAACUUAGCUUGAGUUAUUUUUUUUUUAAGUUUAAGUUACAGUAAGAUCAUAAAUCAUGGAUAACCUAGAAGUCAUUUUUCGCAAGUGAAUACGCAUUUCAAAAUAGGAGUUCUGUGUACUCAAGAGAUUUCAUGGCACUAACUAAAUAAUAGUGGUUCUCGACCUGGGGCUGUUACAUCCUAGAGGACCUUUGGGAAGGUGUGAGAUUCGGGAGGGUGGUAGCCGAGUCUGGCGUUCAGUAGGUGGGGCCCAGCUAUGCCAAAGUUAAGUAACAGUGAAGUGACCCCGUUGAGAAUGUGGACAGUCCCUGUUCCUACAGUGCAUCGGAGGUGGGGCAGUGGGUUAGGACAACGGAGCUGAAGACUCAUUCCUUUGAGAUAACAGCCUCAGAUAAACAAACAGAUUGAUUAUUAACUAGAAAUCUUUUCCAGGAAUUAUAGUAACAUCUACUGGAAGUAAUGACACUUUAUUUGUACCAAUUGUAUGUUUUUUUUUUUUUUAAGAAAAUUGGAGACGCAGUAGCAAUAUACUAGAUGCUGCUUUUAACUUGUAGGGAACUACUGCAUAAUUUCCGAAAACAAAAGGUUGCCUCGGUAAUUUCAAGUCAUCAGAAUGAGAUGAUUAUGGAGUUUUGAAUAGCAUUGGACUUUGUAAGUAGGAUUUAGUAUUAACACUAUUAAGAACGCUGUUAUCGUUGUUUACAUUACUGUUGAUAAACUAAACACCCUAGAGAUACAUGUUUUCACAAGUAGAAAAAUAAGUUAGGGCAAGAUUUUCCAUAGGCAGCCCCAGCUCAUCACGUUCAAUCUUUUUUAGGUUUUAAAAUAAAAUUUAUCAUCUGUAAAUAUGGCCCAAUGUACAGUUCUUUUCUACUGAACUUAAAACCUUCACCCAUGUGUAUUAAAUUAGCUAAGUGGGAUUACAUUGGCUCAUUGGGGUUUAGUCUUCACAUGUGUUGAAAUUAAAUAAGGUCUUGGGCCUUACAAUAGUACUUUUAUUUGCUUUUAUGGUGAAGUUGGACUUGUGUAUUCUUGUGUUCUCAAUCUUUGAGCGAUUGCUGGGGAGCAGGAAGUAGAUAAUCUAAAAAUAAUGGCCUUGGAAGAGUAGGUUAUAACCACAGUGUUAGUUGAAUUGCACUUUAGUUUUAGCAACUUUCACAACUAUGCUGUGGAUUGAUAGAUGCUGUUUUUCCCAAAGUAAUAGAUGAAGAAAUGGCAUAAAACAUAUGACAGGGCCUCCAAGUCAUCCAUUGUAGCCAGGAGCAGAUUGGCCUCCAAAACAUGCUUUUUCUUUAGAACGAUUAAUGUCUUAUCUGUUGACUUUUGAAUGACAUACUAAGGGACUAGGACAUGACCAUAACAAAUUACUGCAGUAUAGAGAGACUGGAGUCUGUAAAACAUUCAGACCAAGGUUAGCGUUACUGUUCUCUAUUUCCUUAAGGGUCAACAAGUAAACACUGAUUUUGUGUGGCUUGCUUUGAUUUGCAGAAUACAUGGUAACAGUAAUAAUGACUUGUUCUUAGAUUACUUUCUCAUCUGUGUAAUACUACAUGUACAAUUGAAAUUUGGAUAUGGAACAUAACAAUGUUUUUAUUAUAGCAUAAUGCAGGUGAGUUUAUAGCGGUUUUGUAUUGUGCUUCUAACUGCCAUCCUUUGAUACUCUUUCAUCUUGAAAACCCUUGUAGAAUUUAAUGAUUUAGUGGAAAAUGUGGCACUUUAUAGAAAGCAGUUUGUUAGAAUCUAAAUGGAAAUAAUCUUUAUAUGAGGUUUAAAUUUGUAGACCAUAGUUUAUGCUGAGUGGCUUAUUUCUUUUAAGUAAAUGGUUGCAUUUGUCAAAUCUGCUGAUCUAAAGAUACCCUUUAUAUUAAAGUUUUAUUUUUGUGCUACUUAGAAUCUCUGCAGGAACCACAUACAAAUGAGGUAAUUGAUGAACUUUGGGUUCAGCAAUUUUCAACCUUAUAAAAGAAGCAAUUUCAACAUUUAUUUGAAUCAGGUUUUAGCUAGCUGCUUAUUAUAUCAACAAUGGACAAUGGGCAUUUAGAGGGAGUCUUCUACACAUGUUUUAGAAACCUUAAAGAAUGUGUUAGAAACUUAGAAAAGUUUUGUGUUGGGGUGAGGCUGUAGGUUAACUUUGCUAGACAAGGUAAGGGCCAUGUGGCACUAGAUAAUUGGGUUUCUGGUUUUGAGGUGGUAAUACCUUUGGGAUUUGUAUUUACUGUGAUAACAGGUUCUGGGGACCAUAGGCAGGCUUGUGAACUCUUACUAGACUUAAAGGAGACAUGGUGGUACAUGUAAGAUAAAACUUUGUUACAUUCUUUUUAGUGGAUAUGUAUCUAGCUCAGGAUAAUACUGAAAUUAGACUGCUUUGCUUUAAAAUGUUUUCCUGAAACAGUCUCAGAAUGGCCAUAAUAAUCAUAAAAGUUGAUCAGAGGUGGCUUAAAUUCCUUAAUUGGUUUUGGUUUUGAUUAUGCUUAUGUAUUAGCUUAGAAUCGAGGUUGUUCUCUUUUUCAUUAUAUGACUUGUUUUGAGAGCCUUGGACAAUCUCCCCAUCUCCAGUUUCCACUUGAACCUGGUAGCUUUUUUCUUUCCCUUUGAGAGGAAAAUAGUAUUGGAAAGCAUUUCUACGGUUAACUCCCAUGAACCAUGUGACCUGGUCUGUGACAAAUCCAUGUGUGUUCAGUACUUUGAAAUGUAGCCAGUGUCAUGGAUUGCUAAGGGACUUGCAUCUAUCCGAUGUGUCUUAGUUUUUUAACAAAGCAAGGUAAGGGAAGUUUACCAGAUACUAACUAUUGAAUUACUUAAGCAAGUAUUUAUUUUCCAGAAAGCCACUUAGGGGAAGUUUGCCUUUAUUUUUGAUAGCAAUUAGAGGGACAAUUAUAUCUCAUUUAAUCUGGAUAUAAACAGUUAAACUAUUGCUCUAAUUAACCACUUUGAUUACUGAUACUCUCCUCAGGCUUUAUUACAUGUCGUCUGUUUGAUUUCAGAUUUGAUAAAAAUUCUUAAAUGUUUUUAUGAAGAGUGUAUGACCACUGAUUUGGUCCUUUAAAAUGAAGAAUUGUACAGAGAAUCUGGCAUAAAGAAGUAUGGGAGAAGAAGAGGACUUGGUUUCUUUAAAGAUUCAGUGCACACUUAAGUAGAUUGUAUAGAACACAUCAUAUUAAAAACAAAUACAUAUAGGUAGAUGUUAGAUUUUGAAGAAUAGUGGGGUAGAUGUGGAACUUAGUUGAUGGGAUAGGAUUUAUUUG